AUGUCGUUGAUAAGAGCAUGCACCAGAAGGGUGUUCGCUCCAUGCCCCAGAAUAUGGCUGUCUGCGCUCAGACCAGCUGUAUUCUCCAGAUUCAACUCCAACAACCCAUCAUUGACUGCCCAAGUAUUCCCUGUGAACAAGGACUCCAUCACCGAGAACGACCUUGAUGAGUGGUUAACCGCCGUCAAGGCAUUGAAGAACGGCAAGACCAACGUUGAGACUGAGUCUGAAGUGUACCUUUCCACGUUAGCCACCCCAGAGCCAUUUUUGGAGCAAAAGUUCGAGCCUUCCGAACAACAGUUGGCCGAAGUUGAAGAGUUUGCCAACAAGGGCAUACCCUUGAAGUCCGACCCUAUCGUGGACAGCUUGACCAACAUGAUCAUGAGACACGGAAAGAAGUCCAAGGCCCAAAAAAUCAUCUCCAAAGCAUUCUACAUCAUCUACCUUAAGACCAGAAAGGACCCAGUACAAAUAUUAUACGAGACCUUGGACAAGUUGGGUCCCUUGGUCACCACCAGAACCCAGCUCACAGGUACUGCUAAGAAUAAGCUUGUGCCAGUUCCAUUGACCAAGAAGCAGAGAAACAGAUAUGCCAUCACCUGGAUCUUGGACAGUAGUAGCAAGAAGAAGUCCCCCGACUUUUCUGUGAGAUUGGCCGAGGAAAUCAUCGCUGCUUACGAGGGUAAAUCCGCCGGUUACGACAAGAAGGCUCAAAUGCACAAGACUGCCAUGUCCAGCAGAGCCAACAUCCAACUUUAG